UGGCAGGUGUGCGGCUCCGGCGGAGCAGCUGGGCACGAUGAAUAACCCUAUACCUUCAAAUCUGAAGUCAGAAGCAAAGAAGGCUGCAAAAAUAUUAAGAGAAUUCACAGAAAUAACCUCAAGAAAUGGACCUGACAAGAUCAUACCUGCCCAUGUUAUUGCGAAGGCAAAAGGCCUGGCUAUCUUGUCUGUGAUCAAAGCCGGCUUCCUGGUGACGGCCCGAGGAGGCAGCGGCAUUGUCCUGGCACGCCUUCCAGAUGGAAAGUGGUCUGCACCCUCCGCCAUUGGGAUCGCUGGGCUCAGUGGGGGAUUUGAAAUAGGAAUUGAGGUCUCAGAUCUGGUGAUAAUUCUGAACUAUGACAAGGCUGUGGAGGCCUUUGCAAAGGGCGGGAACCUGACCCUCGGGGGGAACUUCACUGUGGCAGUGGGGCCCAUGGGAAGGAACCUGGAAGGCAACGUGGCUCUCAGGAGCCCAGCAGCCGUCUUCACCUACUGCAAGUCCAGGGGCCUCUUUGCUGGCAUCUCUCUGGAAGGAAGCUGCCUGAUCGAGAGGAAGGAAACCAACCGGAAAUUUUACUGUCAGGAGAUCCGUGCCUAUGACAUUUUGUUUGGAGAUGUGCCACGGCCCGCUCAGGCAGAAGACCUCUAUGAAAUUCUCGAUUCCUUCACCGAAAAGUAUGAGCACGAGGGACAGCGCAUCAACAUGAGGAGAGCCGCCCGGGAGCAGCAGAAGGCUAAAGAGUUACCUCCAAAACCAGCAUCAAGACCACAGCAAUCAUCAGCACCACCCAAGCAGAACUCUGGCUCGCAAAGUAAUACAAAUGAACAUGAGCUAUAUCCUGGAGGCUAUCAGGAGAGAGUUGGUGACUCUGGUCAGCCAGUAGAGGUGACAGCGCUGUAUUCUUUUGAAGGGCAGCAGCCAGGUGAUCUGCCAUUUCAAGCUGGUGAAAGAAUCACAGUUAUAUCAAAAACGGAGUCACACUUCGAUUGGUGGGAAGGCAAACUUCGAGGCCAAACUGGUAUUUUUCCAGCCAAAUAUGUAACCAUGAGUUAAAGUUUAUAUUAUUUUCUCCUUGAAGAAUUAUAUAUAUAAAAAAAAAACAAAUUCUUUAUUUGCAGGAUGUACUACCCAGUAAGGCAAUAUUUAAUACAAGUUUAAAAAUACUUGUGCUGCAAAUUUUAAUCCAGUAUUUUUCUUUCUAUGCAAAUAAAUACUUCGCUUACA